AUGACGUUUGAAAAAUUAUACUACGAUCCGUCGCAUAACGCGGGCUAUUCGGCGGUGGAUAAUCUAACUCGUGCUGAUAACCCGAAUUUCUCACGGGGAGAAGUCGUGCGCUGGCUCGAAUCGCAAGAAGCGUACACGUUGCACCGACUAUUGCGUAGAAAAUUUCCACGAUUGCAUUACAACGUAACGAACAUCGACGAUGUGUGGGAGGCAGAUUUGAUCGAACUCCGAAAUCUAAAAAGUUACAACGACGGUUAUUCCUAUCUGUUAGUGAUUAUAGAUGUACUAAGUAAAUACGUAUGGGUAGAACCGUUACGCGACAAAACGAGUAACUGCGCGAUAAAAGCUUUUCAACGCGUACUAGCGAAAAGCGAAGGCCGAGUACCCGUAUAUCCGCAAACGGACAAGGGUAAAGAAUUUGUCGCGCAAUCAAUGCAGAAAUUUCUUAAAGAAAACAACAUUCGUUUUCGAGUAACGCGCAAUCCAGACAUCAAAGCCGCCAUCGUCGAGCGCUUCAACAGAACACUGAAGGAACGAAUGUGGGUUAUGGUUGGAGAAGCUUGCCAAGAUCUUCUUGAUCGAUUGAACCAGGAACGUCAAGGUGAGAUUGUCAAAUCAGUUUACGAAAAUUGUUUGGCAUUCUACGACAUUACUGCGAAAGAAAUUCGUAACAAACUUUUUGUCAAGAACGAAUUUCUGUGUAAAUUGAGGAUUUUCGAACCUAAAUUUGCUUUGCAGCAAGAAGACGAAAAAAACACCUCGAAUAACUCCGUUCAGGUUGUUCUUUUUGUUGCCCAACGAUUCGGCGGAUUUGAUGAGGAGAUAUUAAAAGAAGAAUGGCAAUUCCUAAAAAAGAUUUCACAUCAGAGCAGAAAGCCACAAUAA